GCGCUGAUGUUUCGUGGCCGUCAGCCCCAACCAUUACCCGCUCGGGCGCACGCCGUCGCAGCCCGAGGGGACCGCAACAUCACCAGCAACAGCAGUGCGUCGCGGCCGCGGCCGCGGCACACCCAGCGAGCCGCAUCACUCGCCCCGUUCAGGUACCAUGGGAGAGGGAGGAGGGUGCACUGCACGCAACACAUCCAUGUGUGUGGUAGCCACCCACUCAUGUGUGAACGAACGGCACCUCUCUGCACUCGCUCGGCGGUGUACAUCUUGAGGCUUGGCGUGCAGGGGAGCAAGGACAAGGUGGUAGGCUCAAACAGCCAUGCACAUGGCCACACAGCCAAACCGUGGCAUUCAUCCGUGGAAUGCUGGGCUGCUGUUGUUGUGUGUGUCAGUUGCAAAGACGGGGGGCGUAUCUUUUCAUCGUAGCCCCAUUGCAAAGACUUAGGCCAAACUUGCAGCGACGAGCCAGGCACAUGUGGAGGGAAAGGCCAUGUGUGUGUCUGUUGGAUUGUGUGCAGUCGGGACUGACCCGGACGAGGACGAAUACAUUGACAUCGCAGAUGCCCUCCGUCUCUACAAUCUGCGCAAGAUCUCAGAGAAAUACAGCGGGCCGCUCUCAGCGGCUGAUCUGGCUGCCAUCAGAAGUCACAUGGCCAGAGGCGUCCGCGCCCUCUGUCUCUUUGUCCAGGCUCACAUGACGAUAUCCCAGGAAAGAAGUACUCGUCUGUCAGAGCUCUCCAUUUGAGCAGGACGUCAUUGCUGAGGUUGUCCAGCGCAUAGAGGAUGGCGCAGGCAGCACUCAACGAGAACCCAUCUCAACGACCACAUCUGAAGACAUUUUGACGGUUCUUCUCGCGGUCUCAACCCCUUCACCCGCGCAGCUGCCAGCCUUAGGGAGAUGUCCGCCGCCAAUGCUCUCAAGGCAGAGGAGACUCCAGAAGAGUGCCGAGAAUCUCUCGGGCCAUAUGCAGCCAAAAUGCCGACAAACGCCCGCGACCAGAAGGAGCAGCUACUUGAGGUAGGGGAUAAAAGGAGCACCACUGGCCCGGCGGACGGUGGCGAUGGCGAUGAAGGUACACUCAACUCAGACAAAUGCAACACAUCACAUACACAGCAGACGAUGUAGCCUGGAGGAACGGCAUGACGGCAUCGCACAACCAGACGGACCAGACCGCCAUGGCAUUGGCAGCGGUGGGUGACCAUCAUACCACACCCAUGAGCAGCACACGCCGACACACGCCGUCGCUUUGUGCAUGGGUGCAGGUGGAGGUGUUGGUCGGGGAUUUCUUGGGCAGCAGCACAGCGGGCCGAACCGGAGCCGACAGAAUGGAGGUAGACGCCGACUGACCCACCGACACACAAAUCAGAAUCGCCACUCACGCAUCGUUGGUCAUCUUGUGCGUCUGUCUGUCCGCUUUGUCAACCACAGGUCCGCCGGUACCCCGUGGCUGGAAGAGCCACAAGAACGGCGUCGAGGUCCGCGUCCCUCCUGGCACCAGUGACGCCAGCAGUCAGCUGAUCUUGGCCAUUCUUCGCCGCACCAUCACUCACCCACAGCAUAUGACGCAGCUGAUCCAGCAAGCCGACCCCAAUGCGCAGCCUCGCCUGCACGUGGAGGGCACCACCACGACCCCCACGACCCGCUUCAAACACUAUCCGCUGCUGUCGCUGUCCAUUGACAACCUCAGUGACAACAGCGUGCCAACCAUCUGGGCAGCCAAAGGCGAUAACGCUUCGGCCCCCGUCGCCAUCCCGAAGUGGCAGACGCCCGGUCUCCAGCUCGCUAUCAUGCGAAUCCUAAUCGAGAGAGGGGCCGACAUCAAUGCGGGUCUUGGUUCUCCCAUCCGGGUGGCCAUCGCCUCGUGCAAGCGGACCGCAUUCGACCUCCUGAUGAGCCAGCUAGGUACGCGCCCAUUCACAGCACUCACGACAUGGAACACACACGAUGAUGGAUGUUGGGACGUCUGUCUGUCUGUCUGCCUGUCUGUUCAAGGCAUCCAGCUGCGGGGGCGUCAGGUGCUGGACUUGCCGGAAACGUUGCCGACGGACCAGCCGACUGAGGCCCACGAAGCCAUCCUGCUGUCCUUCUACCAACAACUCAUCCAGCGGGACAGCACACUCGCAACCGAGCGGAGAGCGGACGGCAACAAUUAUUUGCAUGUGGCGGCCGCCGACCGUACACUGCCUUUCGUUUGUUCUCAGCAGUUCAUCGAGAAUUACAUCGGCCUGCUGGUGGCCAACGGGGCGGACAUCGCGGGCGUGGACAACGACCUGCGCGUGACGCCAUUGCAUCACGCGGCACUCCGCGGCUCCCACCGUUUGGCUGCGUCUCUCUGCCGCCGUCUCGCCGCUGCUGACGUCAACAGAGGGCCGCCGAAUGACCCCAGCUUCACACCCCUCACCAUUUCGGCCCGAUGCCUCUAUGGCGUCACACAGACGCUGCAAGACAACAACACGGGGCAGGCCGUGAGGGAUCGGGCCAAUAUCCGGAUCCCCCAGUGGAAGGCCACCAUCCGCACACUCCUCCGGGCGGGCGCUGACAUUGCCCUCAUGCCCAUGGCCACCGAGGGGCAGCGACAGCAGCGGCAAUGGGUACUGGCCGAGUGCACGACGGUGCUCAACGAGCUGGGCGAUGCCGUCAUGGCUGCCAUCAAUGACGCCCUCGCCCCUCAGCGGUCGCUUGCGGCCUUGCUCGCCCACUGUCAUACUGGGUGA